CAACCACAGCAACAACACUUACAGCAACGGUUUUGUCCGGAGAACUCAAAGCCGCAGAAGUUUUUUUUGUUGAAACAUAUAAGGCGAUAAAAUGAAGAAACAAGUUUCUUUUGCGUUUUCACUGCCACUUGCAUCUUGCAUUUUGUUAUUUGCAAUCUCAGCUGUUUACGCUGACUACUGUGAGGUGAACGUGUGCAGUAAUGGGGGUACCUGUGUGACUGGGACAGGAGCCCCAUUCAUCUGUAUUUGUCUUGAUGGCUACACUGGAGACACCUGCAACGACACAGAGACAGGGCCCUGCAACCCCAACCCCUGCAAGAACGAUGCCAUCUGCGAGGUGACUGGCCACUCGCGCCGCGGGGACGUCUUCAGCGAGUACGUCUGCAAGUGCCAGCAGGGCUUUGACGGAGUCCACUGCCAGAACAAUGUGAACGACUGUGCUGGACAGCCCUGUAAGAACGGGGGCUCCUGCAGGGACCUGGACGGAGACUUCAACUGUCGAUGCCCCUCACCCUAUGUGGGGAAGCACUGCCAGCUGCGUUGCAUCUCUCUGCUGGGUAUGGAGGGUGGCGGCAUAGCAGAGUCUCAGAUCUCUGCAUCCUCUGUUCACUAUGGCAUACUGGGGCUACAGCGCUGGGGCCCUGAGUUAGCACGCCUCAACAACAAGGGCCUGGUCAACGCCUGGACCUCUGCCUCGCACGACAGGAACCCCUGGAUAGAGAUCAACAUGCAGAGAAAGAUGCGUUUCACGGGCAUCGUAACACAGGGCGCCAGCCGCAUGGGCACGGCCGAGUUCAUUAAGGCCUUCAAGGUGGCCUCCAGUCUGGAUGGGAGGACCUACACCAUGUAUCGCCUAAACGGACAGAGGAAAGACAGCGUGUUUGUGGGGAAUAUGGACAACGAUAACACCAAGACAAACCUGUUUGACCCCCCCAUCGUGGCCCAGUUCAUCCGUAUCGUACCUUUGGUGUGCCGUAAAGCCUGCACCCUACGCAUGGAGCUUGUGGGCUGUGAACUCAACGUGUAUUCAAACACGGCAGGUUGCUCCGAGCCGUUGGGCAUGAAGUCCCGACUGGUGUCAGAUCGUCAGCUGACAGCCUCCAGCACCUUCAGGACCUGGGGCAUCGAGGCCUUCACCUGGCACCCACACUAUGCCCGCCUGGACAAGCAGGGCAAGACCAAUGCCUGGACCGCUGCCACCACCAACCGUUCUGAGUGGCUGCAGGUGGACCUGGAGUCCCCCAAAAGGAUCACCGGCAUCAUCACCCAGGGGGCCAAGGACUUUGGCUCGGUCCAGUUCCUCUCUGCUUUCAAGAUUGCUUAUAGUGACGAUGGCCGAAACUGGAGCAUUUUGAAGGAUGACACCAAAGCAGACAAGAUCUUCCCAGGCAACAGCGACAACAAUGUCCACAAAAAAAAUGUAUUUGAGCCACCGUUCUACGCCCGAUUCGUCCGCGUGCUCCCGUGGGCAUGGCACGAGCGCAUCACCCUGCGAAUGGAGUUGCUGGGCUGUGAUGAGUAGCCCCUCCCACCAGUGACCAUUCCCUCCCCUCCUCGUUCCCCUCUGCCCCCUUUCUCCCCUAUCCCCCUGAGCCAUGCCUGCACUGCCUUGCUCACAUCCCUAGAGGGCAGCGGAACACCACCAUGCCGCACCACCGAACCCAGGACUGACUCGAGGAGAAAGACGUUACCCCUAACCACUGAUGCAGGGUCAGACCUAUUUCACCCUUCCACUAGUUCCUUACAGAAACACUGGAAGAGAUGGCUGACCGUAAGUCUGCAUUUUAGGGCAACCAAAUUCUUCUGUGUAAGUCGGAGCUGCAUCAACACUGAAUCUGUCCUUUAUAGUCUACGACCUUGUCUUAAUACUCUAGGUCCAUCCUUCCCCAUUUUUUAUUAGGGGAGAUUUGAGGGGAGAUCCAACUUGAUAGGAUGGAACGAAUUAUCCCUUUACACUUGUCAUAUCAGAUUAGUGAUUGAUAAUGAAGAGGAAGAGGAAGGAUAGAUUUUCAGAGUAUUGAAACAGGGCCAAACUUAUAGAAGCCUGACUGAACAUGACACCCAUUGCUUGGGAUGUGUAGUACAGCUACACAGCCAGUACUUUUUUUUUUUUUUACACACAAAUGUGUAAUGUUAUCAAAAUACUUUAAUUUUUCAAUUCAGUAUUCUGAAACCAUAGUUUUAAGGGUUUUCUCUGAUUGGGAUGCUCAAUAUGGCAAAAUCCAUCAUACACUUGAUUUUUUUCCCCAAAAAGAUGUAUACUAAAUGUAUUUAAAAUAUUUGUCAUGUUUAUGAUGUUGGUUAACUACCAUUAUUGAAUCUUCAUGUUUUGAUUUUUGGAUAGUGAAUAUUCUAUAUCCUGUGCAGUGAGUAGAGGAGAUAUAAAGCAUGUCUUCAGAUAUUAGUUGGACUCUGAAACUAUAUUUGUAAACUAUUGUGAACUUGAGUGCUGUCCAGAACCACCUCAUUAGUUUUACCCAAUUUGAUUAAUUUGUUUUUCUAAAGUGUAGUGCAACUCUAAAAGUGAGACGUUGUCUAAAGUGCAAUGGUCUUCUUUUGGACAAACACCUCAGAAUGCUUUAUCCAGGUAUUGUAUUUAUUAUUAAUUAACUAAUGUGAUAAACCACAAAUGAAAAAUGGUUGGAAAUCUAUUCAAGAGAAUUGCUCGUUUUUUUUUAGGCAGAGGUUGAGGCAGAGGUUGAGGCAGAGCUACUUACAUUGUAUAUGCUACUGAAAUUCACAUAAUUGUUGAUUUACUACACUAACUAGUUAGACUCAAAAUCGCUUGCCUCGCAAAAUUGCAAUUUUUGGUUUUCAAGGUAGUUUAUUUAACUAUUUUAAUUGGCACUUCCAGAAUAAUAGCUGAAAUAUUUUUGUAGAGAUUGUGAAACCAAAAAAUAAUUUGCAUAUGAAGAACCACCUUCACACAUUCAGUUCAAUUUAUGGCAAACAAAGAUUUCAGCAUGUAAUGAAGUGUUAGUGCUGAUUUAUAAACAGAAGUAAAGAACUAGUUAAUUAUUUUCUGUAUAUAAUAUGUAAUAUCGUUUUUAUUUUGGAAUUUCAUUGAAAUGUUUCCAGCAGACAUAAACCUAUUCCAUCCAUCUUUGAAAUGACAGUCAAAUUAUGCGAACUAUUGAAAGCUGCAGCCCAACUGAUAAGGGGAAGAAGCCAGAUCAAAUUUAAAAUGAUUCUACGGUUGCACUGCACAUGUGACAUGACCACAGCAAUCAGCAUAUUCUUCUUAGGUCAUACACCCCCCCCCCCCCAUGGGCUUGUGCAAUAAGAGUUUUGAUUUAAGUUGAGGAACACACAAAUGGCUGUAAAUAAAAAAGAAAGGAAAAAAAGAACAAUGUAAACACGGGCAGUAUUCCUCUAAAUGCAUGUGAACUGUAACGUCAUUGCAAGGUCAUGGAUGGAUAAUGUCAAACACUGUAAA